AUGUCUUCUGAUACCUCGCUUACCCCAACCUCUUCUACUUCAAUGCAAGGAUUGGCUACGCUAAAAUAUCGACGAUACCAUAACCGUGACGACGUCGCUUAUCUUUUGCCUGAUGAUAACGAAGAGGAUGAUAGAUUGCAUCAGCAGCAUUGGAUUAUGAAGCUAGCUUGGGGUAACAACUUUGACUCGCCGGUCCAUGAUGCUCUCGAACAAGGUAUUGUGGUCUUGGAUUCCGGUUGUGGACCAGGCACCUUUACAUGCGAAUUGGGCAAGGAAUACCCCAAGUCCAAAUUCCAUGGCACCGAUAUUUCCUCCCGUUUUCCUGAAGCAAUCAAACCACCUAAUUGCGAAUACCAUGUUCACAACAUUAUCCAUGAUCCAAUCUUCCCUGAUAAUCAUUUUGGGUUCAUUCAUCAGCGAUUGCUUGUGCUUGGUUUAUUGUCAUCCGAUUGGGAAAAGGUUGUGGCAACAUUCAUGCGACAAUUGAAGCCCGGUGGUUGGGUUGAGUUGAGUGAGGCUGUGCUGUCAACAUGCGAAAAUGGAGGUCCUCGUAUCAAGCUUUUGUUGCAUGCCAUAUCCGAAUACGGUGGGAAAAAGAAGGGACUUGAUCCUGACGUAGCCUUGAGACUUGAUUCGCUUUUGAAGGAUGCAGGCGCUGUCAACAUUGCCACACGUAGGAUCCUUGCUCCGCUCAACCAUGGUGGACAACUUGGAUCACUUUUCUGGGACGACUUUAAAGUUGGAUUUGAUGCACUGAAGCCUGUCAUUAUCAAAAUACGACCUGAUCUCGAUGGUCCUGGCUUGUAUGAAAAGUUCUUGGAAGAGUGUGCUGAAGAAUGCAAAGAAAACAAGACCAGCAUGUACUUGGUGAGGUGCUACGGCCAAAAACCAUCCUCAGCGAGUGAUUAA